UGUAGACCUUUAUCAGUAAAAACGACAAAUCGGCCUUGCUGUCUAACCAACAGUCUGUCACAGGAAGACAGAGCAAGAUCAAGACUCGCCUUGUCCCAGUCCAUCAACAGCUCAAAAAAUAAAACACUAGUUUUGGAGCUGAAAACAAGACAAGAUCCAUUGCACAUAACACCACUAUGGAGUAUAAGGAGCUUACGAUCUUUCUUAUAUGCAUUUACAUUCCCACCUUUCUUGUGGGUCUCAUUGGAAAUGGGCUUGUCAUAUUUCUGACUGGCUGCAGAAUGAAGACAACUGUAAACUCCAUUUGGUUUCUCAACUUGGCAAUUGCAGACUUCAUCUACAUGUUAUCUAGAACCAUACAACUUCUAUUAUUGCUUGCCAUAAAGCACAGUUGCUUCAUUUUCUUUGUCACGUUUAGACUAAAUCUCUUUUCUAGUAUUUUCUUUCUUGUUGUUAUUAGUCUGGACCGAUGCCUGUGCACAUGGACGGUCAUUUGGAUUCAAAAUAAAAGAACUUUAUUUGUAACCAGGAUCAUCUGCAUCGUUGUGUGGAUUUUAUCCAUCAGCUGCAGCAUUCCUUUCUUCAUCAUUGCUGACUUUCCUCAUACAUUUCUGAUCAUAUAUGAAUUUACAGUUGGCUUUUUUAUACCUUUCCUGAUCAUUGUGUCUUCAUAUAUAGCUAUUGGAGUACGAAUCAAACGCUUCAAAAGCGGGAAGCAGCCCAGGUCAUACAGGGUCAUUAUAACUGUAAUCUUUGGUUUUUUCAUAUGUUGGUUUCCAUACUAUGUGUGCCGUUUUUAUUCACUAACAGUGAGUGCAGAAGUGCUUACUCAGGAAGUAUUUCAGACAGCGUCUGCUUUCUGUGCCUACCUAGUUUAUCUAAACAGCUGUCUAAACCCCAUUCUCUAUGUGUUUAUGUGUGAUGAGUAUAAGAAGAAGCUUAAACAGUCUCUGCUGCUGGUGCUGGAGAUGGCUUUUGCUGAAGAUCAUCUGGACUUUAAGGCAGACAAGCAGGACAAGAAAACCAAACAGAAUUGUUAG